GCUCGCUCCACCCGCUGGCUCGGCUAGACUGCUCUCGCACUCGCUUGCCUGUCCUCCACGCUUGCCGCCUCCUGCGACCCGAGCCUCGUCGAGCGGCCCUCCUUCGACGUGUGCUCUUCGUCAAGACGAUCAGCUAGGGUCAAUACAUCUGUCCGUCCGACCCAUACCUCAUCUAGAGCUCUACCGCCAUGGAAGAGUCACCGUUGGUCUUUGUCGAGCGAUGGAGCGCUCAGCUGCGAGCACUGCAGGAGUCGCAAGACGUCGCCUCGUCCGCCGCCACCCUUCAAGACCUCUCGAAAGAGCUCACGACCCGUGCGGCAGACCUGCCGCCGUAUGAGCUGCGCCGCUGCGAGCGGGACCUCAAGGUCGUACAAGACGCUAUCGCGACGUCGAAAGCUGCGGCUGCGCCCAAGAGCAAGUUCAGCUUCAAGCGCGCAGCGCCGGCACCCGGCGCACCGACCUCGUCCACCUCUCGUCCGGCCGUCGCCCGUCCUCUCGCUCGUCCAGCUCCGAUGCCGCGCCCGACAACCUCGCCCGUCCCUUCAACUGCCUUGACGCUCGCCUCGCGCACCGACGCACACCUCACCUCGGCGUCCCUCUCGCGCACCGACCCCUCGUCCCCUGCCUCGCCCUCGUCCGGCGGCGCUCUCGCCCUCACCGCCCUCACGCGCUGUCUCGUCGACCUGCGGGACGUCGAUCCGUUCAGUGCCCUGUACUUGACGGACCUGCGCGAGUGUGUCGUGCUCUUGCCGGACGGCGGCGGCGCUCGAGGGGGACGAGGAGGAGGGAGCGCGCUCGUGCAGGGGUGCGAGGGCUGCGUGGUUGCGCUCGCGGUACAUCAGUUCCGCAUGCACGACUCGACUCGGUGCGCUGUCCUCCUCGAGGCGGGCAGCAAUCCUGUCAUCGAGCGCUGCAAGGGCUUGCGGUUCGGGCCGUACCCUCAUGAGCAGCAGCAGCCACCUUCCUCGACCGCCCACGACACGCCCGUACCGCGCCCGAUCCCGCCACUCCAAGUGCAGGACUUUGACGACCCGUUCGCGACGCCCGACCGGCCCUCGCCCAACUGGCGGGCCCUCUCGCCGGCCGAGCACGACGCUUUCUCGGACGCUCUCGUGCGACGGGAGGAGCGAGGGACAGCGUGGCACGAGGCGAGGGACCGAGCGGUACGGCUGUGCGAGACGUAG